GACUUCACCUCCAUCCAUCGACAACAUCGUUGAAAAAUAGCCGCUAAACCAAGACCUACCAUGCCUUCGCAGCAAGUGUUCCGUUUCACUGGCAACCGCCAAUCCUACCACGACCUGCAAUGUAUCCAAGAAGAAAUCCCCACAAUCAGCAACCGCGAAGUCCUCAUCCGCGUCCGAGCCGUCGCACUCAACUACCGCGACAUCAUCAUCGCCAAAUCCAAAUACCCCUUUCCAGUCAAAGACAACCUAGUCCCCUGUUCCGACGCCGCGGGAGAGAUCGUGGAAGUCGGCAGUAGCGUAACUAAAGCGCUAGCCAAAGGCGACACUGUGAUCGGAACAUUCGACCCCACGAACCUCUACGGUCCGCAGCAAACAGUAGUGCACGCCCUAGGCGGACCCGUCGAUGGCGUGCUCAGACAGUAUAUCGUGCUACCCGCGGAAGCAGUCGUCAAGGUGCCAGCGACGUCCUCGGUGAGUCUCGCACAGUGGGCGUGUCUAGUGGGCCCAGGCUUGACAGCCUGGAACGCGCUGUACGGGAACAAUCCACUCAAGCCGGGCCAGACGGUGCUUUUCCAAGGCACGGGAGGGGUUUCGAUGAUCGGCCUCGUGCUGGCCAAGGCCGCUGGCGCUACCACCAUCGUCACGUCCUCUUCCGACGACAAGCUCCACCACGUCAAGGCCACAUACGGCGCCGACCACCUGAUCAACUAUAAGACGACGCCCAACUGGGCCGCCGAAGCGCUCAAGAUCACGCAUGGCCGCGGCGUCGACCACGUCUUCGACAACGGGGGCGCGGGCACGAUCAAGCAGAGCAUCGAGGCCAUCACUAUGGGCGGCCAUGUCGCCGCUAUAGGGUUUCUGGCGGGGAUUCCGCAGGACGAAAUGCCGGAUGUGACAAUGUUGGCGAUGGGGAAGGCGGCGAUUGUUAGGGGGAUUUUGGUCGGCUCGACCCAGAUGCUGGAGGAUUUGGUUAGGUUUGUGGGGGAGCGUGGAUUGUGUUUGCCUGUUGAGAAGGUGUUUGCGUUUGAGAGGGAGGAGGUUUUGAAGGCGUAUGAGUAUUUGGAGAGUGCGCAGCAUGUGGGCAAGGUUUGUAUUGACGUUGCGUAAGGUUUCAUAGUGCGACGUAGGAAAUAUGUGGAGGUUAAUAACUUAGCAAACGUUUGCAUUCAGAUAUUACAGGUAG